AUGGCGGCGCAGGUGGAAAUCGAGGACCAAGAGUCUUUUACCAGUUUAGAUAAUGGAGAAAUCAUCGAUUCCUUCUCCGAUAACGCCGAUUCCGGGCUGUCUCCUCCUCACCUCGCCGGAGACUUAACCCUAGACUCGACGGUUCUUCUCAGCGAAGAAAACCCCGAGUACGGCGCCGUCAGGAACUGUUUCCUCUCCGGGAUGGGUCCUUUCGCGAACCAAACCACGAUCGUCGCGGUGCGUAAGAACUCGACGCAGGGAGUCACGGCGAAGGCGAGAUUCGCGGCGUCUAUCGUCUUCACGGAAGCCAUGAAGAGGAAAAAUGGCGGAGACGCCAACGUGAGGUACGGAUGGUACUCCGGCUCGAAGGAGGAGAUCGACGGCAUCGUCUCGUACGGGUUUAGCAGCCGCGAGGUUAACAGAUCCGAGAGCGACGACGGAUCUCACGGCGUCGGGAUCCAUCUUUUUCAUCAUACAUACUCACUCGCUGCGGGUGUAGAUGUUGAAUCUGAUGAGGAAGGGGUUAAGCAUCUUCUCUUGUGCCGUUUGAUUCUUGGGAAAGCUGAGCAAAUCAGCUCUGGGUCUAAGCAAUCGUACCCAAGCUCGAGCCAGUUUGAUUCAGGUGUGGAUAAUCUUGAGAAUCCGAGAAAGUAUGUGAUAUGGAGCUCUUCCAUGAACUCUUAUAUCCUCCCGAGCCAUGUCGUGAGUUUCAGAUCUCCUCUUCUUAGAGGUCUCCGUAGAGGCGGUGUCGUUUUGGGAAGAGCAAGGUCUCCAUGUGUUAGUCUCUCUCUACUCAUAUCCAUACUUUCAAAGUCACUCGACCCUCCAAGAAUUAAUGUGAUCUUGACGACUUACGAUGAUUUUCGGAAACGGAAGGUGAGGAGAGAGGAGCUAGUUAGGAAGAUGAGGGAAGUGGUUGGAGACGAACUUCUUUUAGAUAUAAUCAAGAAUCAAAGGUGUUAG